CAUCUGCUGUAUCAAUUUAAGAGAGCCUGUGAAGAGAGCCCAGGAACCAUUCACAUUUCACAUUUCACAUUUCACCCAUUGCCCUAAAAAUGUGUGCAGUAAAUGUGAGAUAGAGAUAGAUACGAUAACUGCAGAGCAGGAAUUGUUCAAUUAAUGUGGAUGAGAGCGUUGUUUAAAAAAUAAUGGAUGAUAGCAAAGUGACAAGCAAUAAAAAAACAAAUUAAAUGAUUAUUAUUAAUAAUUACUGUUGGUGAGUGCAAUUUAGGAGAUGGGCUUCAUAAAGUACAAGGAAAGCAAAACACUUCGGUGUAUGUACGAACUGUUAUUUUCUCUUUUUUUCAUUUGGGUAUUUACGGGUCAGGUCUGGUAGACCUCUGCCAUUUAUUUCUCUGCCCAUCAUGUAGGUGUUGGGUGUUUGGUGGUGGUAUUGCUGAAAUUGCAUGAGAAAUAGCAAGAUAUUGUGAUUUCAUAAAAAAGUUCUGGAGGAUUAACUAGGAUUGACCUUGUAAAGCAGAGGGGUCAUCGGUCACCAGUCACCAGUCACCACCGCAUUGGAUGACGUUAGAGGAGAUGAAUUGAUGGACGAGGGUACAAACAAUGGCCUCCAAUGUCACUGCAGGAAUGCUAUCAAUAGUUUCUAAAAGUCUGGAUUUAUCGGAUCUCAUGCUUUGAGUCCAUUUUUCUGUACCAGUAAGUGAGAGUGGGUAAUCAGUUUAAGGAUUAGAAAUGAUCAAACAGAUACUGGGCAGGCUUCCCAGAAAGCCUUCCAAAUCAGAUAACAACAACAGCAGCAUCAACUCUCAUACCAACAAUAAUUACGAUGUGGGUGUGGCAAAUAUUGGCGCUCCAGCGCCCUCAUUACCGGGAAGAAGCGGGUCUUUGUCAGCUUACAGUAACGCCAAUGGCAGCAGCAGCAGCGGCAACAACAAUAACAGUAGCAGUGUUGCAUCAUGGCCCAAUGCAGGCAAGAAGAUGGCGUCAACAAUUUACCCAGCAAAUGGAACUACCUAUGAGGCCCUGGCAUCCUUCAGAGAUGUACCCACUUCGGAAAGACAGAACCUUUUUAUCAGUAAGUUAAAUCAUUGCUGUGUUGUUUUUGAUUUCAGCGACCCUAAUAAGAAUAUUAGAGAAAAGGACAUCAAACGGCAGACGCUUCUGGAACUGGUGGAUUACAUAACAUCUGGCAGUGCUAAGUUCACUGAGCCGAUGAUGGAGGAAAUCAGCAAGAUGGUGACUGUUAAUUUGUUCAGAAGCCCACCCCCUUCCUCCCAUGAAAACUCAGGCAUGGAGGGCUUUGAUCCAGAAGAGGAAGAGCCCACCAUGGAGCCUGCAUGGCCCCACUUGCAGAUUGUCUAUGAAUUCCUAUUAAGAUUUGUGGCUUCCACUGAUACAGAUGCCAAGCUGGCCAAGAGAUACAUCGAUCAUUCUUUUGUUCUCAGACUGUUGGAUCUCUUCGAUUCCGAGGAUCCCCGAGAAAGGGAAUACCUUAAGACCAUCCUGCACCGAAUAUAUGGGAAGUUUAUGGUGCACAGACCGUUCAUCAGGAAAGCCAUUAAUAACAUCUUUUAUAGGUUUAUAUUUGAGACGGAAAGGCAUAAUGGAAUAGCAGAGUUGCUGGAGAUUUUAGGCAGUAUUAUCAAUGGCUUCGCAUUGCCAUUGAAGGAAGAGCAUAAGCUCUUUCUUGUGAGGGCACUCAUUCCUCUCCAUAAACCCAAGUGUGUCUCUAUGUACCACCAGCAGCUAUCUUACUGUAUCACCCAGUUUGUAGAGAAAGACUUUAAAUUAGCAGAUACCGUCAUCAGGGGAUUACUCAAGUACUGGCCUAUUACAAACAGCCAGAAGGAGGUGAUGUUUUUAGGAGAAUUAGAGGAAGUCCUAGAAGCUACCCAAGCAGCUGAAUUUCAGAGGUGUAUGGUACCUUUGUUUCGGCAAAUCGGGCGUUGCCUCAAUAGUUCUCACUUUCAGGUUGCUGAACGGGCUUUAUUUCUGUGGAACAAUGAUCAUAUUGUUAGCUUGAUUGCACAAAACAGGCAUGCAAUUCUGCCUCAAAUUUUUCCUGCAUUGGAAAGGAAUACUACAAACCAUUGGAAUCAGGCUGUCCACAAUCUAACUUUGAAUGUAAGAAAAAUGUUCCUGGAGAUGGAUGAAGAGCUAUUUCAAGAAUGCCAGGGUAAGUUUCACGAGGAGGAAGCAAAGGCAAAACGAGUACAAGAAAUGCGUGAAAUGACAUGGAAACGCUUGGAAGCAGUUGCUGCUUCAAGAGCUGUAAGUAAUGAAGCAGUGCUUGUAGCACAUCCAGCUGGUAGCAAUGCUUCUCUCAGCCAGAGAGCUACUGUCGGAAGUUGAUCUUCUGUAAUUAUUUAUUAAUUUGUUGGUCAGGGAAGUGGAAGUAAUGAAGGGAACAUUUGGUACUUUUUCAACAUCUCUUCUUCAAAGUCUAAUGACAUGCAGGAUUGUAUCGUUACUCUUUUCUGAACAGUGAGCUUGAGCUUGUCUUUGUUACAGGUAGGGUGUUCUGUAAAAGGUCCAGGAGUUUGAAGCUUGGACCAUAAUGUGCACGAUUGGAAAUUUCUCUUCCAUUCUUCAAUUCCAUAUCCUCUUUGAGACAUUUAAGGUCGUUGGUAAGGAAGAACUAGUUGGAAAGGGGUUAUUCAUGCAGUCACUAGUUAGUCUGUAAAUCACUUGAAGAUAAAUAUAUAGAAGUUUAGGUUUUAGGCUGUACCUUUCAGAUUCCAACUAUGCUUGUAACUUUGUUUUGGCCCUGGGGAUAACAAAAAUGUUCUCUACCUUGAUAUUGAGAGCUAUAGCUACCUUUGGGUUUAUGUUUGUAGAGAAUGAUGUAUAAAGCGUAUAUCCUGGUUUGGAUUCAUACGCUGCUGUUGCUAAUAUAUUUACAUGGAAUUCUUUUGGA